GGAGGUCCAUCUGUCCAGUAGAUUAAAUGUUAACCUGGCAUGUGUUCUUUUGGAGAUCCAUUUCAAAAUAAUGCAGGUUAACUUAAAUGUUGGUACCCUGCAUAGAUGAUGAAAACUUAUGCUUCUUUAUUUCAUUGCCUUGCAGUCUUCAGGAUUUAGCAGGAUAUGGAGUAGCCUUGGCUGUUGGGAAAGAAUUUGCAAAUGCUUUCCCUGAUCGAACAUUCAAUUCCCCAUUGGUUGAUCUCAUGGUGAAAGAUGGACGAAAUGGAAAAAAUAAUGGAAAAGGAUACUACAUUUAUGAAAAAGGAAGCAAGCCAAAACCUGAUCCUACUGUGCUGCCUAUCAUUGAGGAGUCUAGGCGGCUUACCAACAUUAUGCCUGGUGGAAAGCCUAUAUCUGUUACUGACAAAGAAAUUCUGGAGAUGAUACUUUUUCCCGUUGUUAAUGAGGCUUGCCGUGUUCUUGAUGAAGGAAUUGUAGUUCGAGCAUCUGACCUUGAUAUUUCAUCUGUUCUUGGAAUGAGCUUCCCAUCUUACCGAGGGGGCAUCGUGUUUUGGGCAGAUAGAGUUGGGCCAAACCAUGUGUAUACAAGCCUGAAGAGAUGGUCGGAAAUGUACGGUGGCUUCUUUAAGCCAUCAAGAUAUUUGGAAGCAAGAGCCAAGAAAGGCAUGCUGCUGAGUGAACCAGCCUCAUCAUCUCUGAAAUCAAACUCAAAGCUGUAGGCAUUAUUCAUUCUUCAUCCUAAAUUAAGCACAUUGUGGCUAUAUGCAAUAAGCAUCUGCGUGAGACUUCUUUCAAAAUUUUCGUGGCUAUGUUGUGUUGGAAUGCGCCAUAAACCAUUUGUAAGACGAAAGAAAAAUAUCAUCUGAAUAAAAGAUUUUAUUGGGUCAUAUGUUUCGUAUUCUGCCUGACUCCUAAUAAAUGCAUGGAUAAUGAAUAUAUGAAAAGUUGUUUUAGCCCUAAAUCAAAGUACUUCGAUCUGCUAGAUUGAAAAUUG